AGGGUCCCAAUAUAUUAUUAUUGUACUUGUUCAUCUCUGAAACUGCAUUUUCAUCUCAUCAGCUUCAAAGAGAAGAGAGAGAUGCCUUCGACCUUCUCCAAGCCGACUUCUCCCUCUUCUCCCAACAAUUCUCCUCUCUCCCGCGCCUCCUCCGAGGCCGACCUCCGUCUCCGCGAGGCCGAGGAGCGGCUUCGCGACGCCAUGGCCGAGCUCCAGCGCAGACAGCGCUCCGCCGCGCGUGGCUCCCACGCCGAUCUCUGCGAUCACGCCGACGUCUCCUGCGUCGCCAAUGCCAUCGGCAAUCUCUGCCAGAGCUUCCUCCUCUCCUACGGCGUCAGGGUCGGCAUCGGGAUCCUUCUCCGCGCUUUCAAGCUCGCUCGAGGCCACUCUUAUUCCUCUCUUCUCGAUCUCAAGCAACUCGUCUCGGAGACGGAUUUGAUUGUUAGGGAAGAAGCGUGUCGUAUUGGUCUCCUUUUCGGUGGCUUUACUGGCUCCUAUCACUUACUUAGAUGCUGUUUGAGGAAGUGGAGAAAGAAAGAGACGCCCUUGAAUUCAGUCUUAGCAGGUUCGAUUGCGGGUUUGUCUAUCCUGGCUUUAGAUGAUUCCACCCAGCGCCGCACACUUGCUCUAUACCUCUUGGCUAGAUUAGGCCAGGCGGCUUACAACUCCGCAAAGUCAAAGAACAAGUUCCAUCUUUGGGGAAGCCAUUGGAGACAUGGAGAUUCUUUACUUUUUUCUGUCGCUUGUGCCCAGGUUAUGUAUGCUUUUAUAAUGCGUCCUGAAACCUUGCCAAAAUCAUAUAGAGAGUUUAUUCAGAAGACAGGACCAGUUGCAAGGCCUGUCUACCAGGCUGUGAGAGAAUGCUGCAGAGGUGGUCCAAUCGAUGUAGCUUCCUUAUCAGCCUAUAUCUCUAGUAAAAACGAAGCCAGUGACGUAGAGGUGGAAGAGUUUGCUUCCAUCAUCCCUUGUUCAGCUAUUCAUCCAAACACUAACUCGUGCCUGGCUCAAAAUGCUAACGCAAUGUCAGCUACAUUCAAGAAAACAUUCCCUUUAUACUUCUCCCUCACAUUCGUCCCAUAUGUUGUUCUAAACCUACAAAGGUUCGUGGCUUCUCCUUACCGGACAUCUUGGCAUUCAAUCAGAGAUUCAGUUAGAUCAACUUCCUUCUUGUCUGCUUUUGUUGGGAUUUUUCAGGCUUUCAUAUGUGCCCAUAGAAAAGUUGCAUCCAAGGACCACAAGAUCGUUUACUGGUUCGCGGGUGGUGUAGCGGCCCUCUCGGUUAUGCUGGAGAAAAAACCGAGACGCUCUGAGCUUGCUCUAUACGUUCUUCCCCGAGCAGGAGAUUCACUGUGGGAGAUACUUGUCAACCGCCACGUUCUUCCUGAUAUUAAGAACGCUGAGGUGGCUAUGUUCUGUGCAUGUAUGGGAGGAAUCAUGUAUUACCUAGAGCAUGAACCCGAUACGUUGGCUCCAUUUCUGAGGGGGCUCAUCCGAAGGUUUCUUGCUAGUCAAAUAAGCAAUUCUAGCAGUAAAAACCGGCAAAGCUCUUCCUAUGUGUAUCGCCAGAGUCUAGAUGCGUUGGAGAAGCCGAAACCGCCUCCAGAGAGUGGGGAAGGCGAAGCUCAAAAAGCUGAAGAGAAGUACAACCUGGAGGCUAUUCCUGGUCUUUAGAAGCAAAGAUGUAUGCUAGUUCCAGCAGCUGUACUAGCAUCAUGAUUUUGAUAAAAAAAGGUUAAUGUUUACAUUCCCCUGGAAGAAAAGGGUUCAUUCCACCGAGAUUGAAUUAUAGGUUUAGGAAUCUUGUUUAAGUGUCUUUCUUUUUCUUCCCAUAAUAACAGAAACUCUCUUCUUAAUUGCAAAUUUGACCCAGUGAUAAGUCAUGUGCAGGUUCAUGA